AAUUGUGGUGUUUGAUAGAAUGACUUUUUACACUAACUACCUUUGACUUCUUAUAAUAUGGCUGCUAAAUUAAUAAUUUGCCUAAAAUCACCGUCUAAAUUGCUUCCCGCCAAACGAUAUGAUGGCGCUGCAGUCGGUGCGACGCGAUCGCAGUAUCAAAUGUUCAGGAAUACGAAGUGAUGUUCAAUUAAAAAUGGGGAUUGUUUGUCGAUUUUAAAUAAUUAACUUGGAUUGACCGUUUGUGGCGAUAUUGUAGUAAGUGAUUUUCCAUAUAAAUGCUAAUUUAUAUUCAGUUGGAUGUGUAAUUGUGCUCGAAGAAUUUGAGGUCGUUAUACUGCGUUUUGCCAUCUUGUCUCCCCUGCGUUGCAUUGGCAGUGAUGUUCCUAUCUUCAAUAGUGUGUACGAAUAAGGUUUGAAAUAUUUUGAAAAGAACUUUGUGUGUUUCACAGAAGAUGAAAACAUGGUGACUGUUUUGUUGUUUGUGUUGCUGUUUAUCAUUAUGAGAGAAAAGCUUUUUGUGACUGAAAUACAUCAGAGCCUUUAUAUAUCUCUCUUCAGGAAAUGCUGUGUUUGAAGUGGCAAUUUUAAACGUCGGUGGUGUUGUGUACUGUGUAGUAGUUACAUAUUUGCUACACUCUGACAGUGCUCCAUUAUUUAAAUAACGUCAUAAGUAACGAAAUUUAAUAUACAUUGCAGAAUUGCGUAAGUUUUGAAGAUCUGUUUAGUGUCUACAUAUACAUGAGAUGGAAGUGGACGGAGGAGAUCCGGCGGGAGUAAACAAAAACCCGAAACUUAUCAGAGCGGCACAGGAUGACAUUUCAAAGUUAGAUGUAUUAGUGUGUGGAUCGUGCCACCACGUUUUUCAUUUUAUUGAAGAAUUUCAACAACAUAAGGAGAAUCAAGAAUGUGAGAAUCCCACAUUUAAGGCAAAUUUAUCGGAAACAAAGCCACAGGUAUGGGCAUUUUUGCUUUGGAAGAGUGCAGUAGUUGCACAACAAAGACCAGAAGAUAGCAAAGAAAAUCUUAAUUCAUGGAAAUUGUAUCAAAAAUGGUGCAAGAUGAAAGAAAGUGUUCGCAAUUCUUGGGUUGCUGCAGGAAAAACAAUCCAGAGUUUUUCAGUACUCUCGAAUGCCAAGCUACAAGAGAUCCAUAAAAGUUCCCCUGAUGGAAAGGGCAAAACAGUAAAUUUAAAGCCAGCUGAAAAUGAUGAAAAUGAUGUGCUUAAAACAUCAGAUGAUUCAAAAAAAAACCAGGAAAAAAAGGCUGCAAGAAAAACCUUACAUCCUGUUGACAAGAAUGGCAGCAUCAAAGAUAUUAAACAGGUACAGAAUAAGGACAUCAAAUCAUUCACUUCAAAGAAUGACAUACCUUGUGCAGAUGACACUGAGAAGGCCCCAGAAACGCAAUUAGAGUUGAAGGAGAGCUCUCCCAUUAAGGAGAAGGGAGGUGAUAGCCCAGAAAUUGUGAAAAAUACUGAGAAAAAAUUGGAUGAACAGGAGAAGAUGGAGUCAGAGGAAGUGCAAGGGGAGGUAAUGGAUAAAAAAUCAUCACUACAACCAAUUGAAACAAUUGAAAUAAAAGAAGAAAAACUCAGUGAAGCGGAAGAAGAAAUUGUGGAAGAGGAUACAAGUUUAAAAGUUCCUUGUGUUGAAUCAACUACUCUGCCAGAGCUUGAGCAGAAAUCCGAUCCAAACAAGAAGAUGGAAAAUGUAAUUAAAAGUGUUGCUGGAAAGGGUAUGCGUCCAAAUAUAAACAAAGGGGCAGAUGAAGGCUCAAGUGAAGAUGAAUAUGUAGUCGAGAAAAUUCUUGCAAAAAGAUUCAAUCCAAGAAGAAAGUACUAUGAAUAUUUGCUGAAAUGGGAAGGCUAUCCACAUGAUCAAAAUACAUGGGAACCAGUGCAUAAUAUGGCAGCUUGUGACAAAUUGGUCGAGACAUUUGAAAGAAAUUUAGCAAGGCAGAAAGCAGCUCAACAACAGGGAAAGAUAAUGUCAGCUGCUACACCAAAUCAGAAGCCUGUGUCGAGGACACCAAAACCCCAGGUGAAGAGUAUAGAGCCACCAGUUGAACCAGGAAACAGUGGUGGCAUUGAAAGCCGCCCUGUGCGAAGUAGCAAGAAAAAGGCAUUAGCGCAAGUGAAGUCUUGGUGUGGUUCUAUGGCAAAGAAGUCUGAUUCAGAACUGGGAGGCAAGAGGAAAGCUGGUGAGGACAGUGACACAGAUGAUGAUGAUGAAUUGUCCUUGCCAGAAAAGAAGGUGAAAUUAGAACCACUAGAUGAUGAUGACUGGAGCAGUGGUGAUGCUGGAGCUUCCAGUGCUUCAUCAAUUCAUGAUGACCAUGAGAAGCAGCAGCACCGCAAUUCUGCAAAUUUUUCAGGAAAGCUGUUGGCAGUUCCCAAAAGCAAAGAACAGUAUCUUAUGGGACCAACAGUUAAAAGGUCUCCUGGAAGACCUAGAAAGAUACGGCCACAAGAAAAUACUUUGAAUGGUGUUACAAUUGUUCAGAAUAAAAAGGAUGAUGCAGAUGAAUUGGCAGUGAAACUAGGAUUAGAAUCUGAUUCAUCUCCAGAACAUAAAACAAAACUUUCUCAAUCAAAUGCAAACAAAGAUUCAAAUGCAUCUCAGCCACCUGUAUUGGUUGCAAACUCUAAAGGUGUUAUAAAAGUUGAUCCGCGGCAAGUGCCAAAUCUCACUUCAGGAGUAUACAUAGUAUCCAAUAAGUCUGGAGUAGUAAAACUGGAAUCUGUUUCAGGAUCUCCGGCUGUGGGUAAAGCGGUAACAUCGAGCCAGUCUGUGAAUAAUGGAAGUGGUGAGACUAAGACUAUUGUGACCCAGUCAGGUAUUAUAAGAAAACCCGUGCAGUCAUCUGGUAUUUCUCGUGUUGCUCAGGGCCCUGGUCAAGUGAAAUUGUUAAGCAAAACUGCUGGUUCGGUUCGUCCCCAAGGCUUGUCUCCAGGACUAGUACGAGUUUCACCGACUGGUUCGCACCUGAAGAAUUUCACACCUCGAUUGGCAUCACCUGGGCAGAGACCACCAUUAACAUCACCUCGUGUACUGGGUCCGAGGCUGCAGUCAGGAACCAGACCCGUUUCUGUGUUGGCUGCUCGGCCGGGACUCGCCAAUCCUGUAAGACCAGUACUGUCUCCUAGAAUACCAGGAAUGUUACGUGCUCCUCUUAAUGCCAAAAAGUCAUCUAUUGGUAUACCUGGUGUUCAAACAAAAAUAAUGAGAGCAGUUAGCCCAAGAGUGCCAGUACAAGGAGGAAAGAUAAUGUCUUCGCUGUCUGCCCAGACACGAAGUGGUGUAAAACCAAUACAAGCUAUGCUUGGGAAAGCUGUCCAAGGAAACAAUCCCGUGUCAUCUCUUGCUACAGCAAAAAUGAAGGGCAGAGGAAAUUUUGAUGAGGAUGACGAUGAAGAAGAUGAAGAGGAAGAAGAAGAUGAUGACGAUGACGAAGAUUAUUUGAAUGAGGAAGAGGAAAGACCGGGGCGGAGCGUUGGAAGAGGACGAGGUCGUCGCAAUGCGGAAACGUCAAAAGUUGGUGACUCAGAUGGCAACAAGCAGCGAGAUAGUAAACUAGUGGACACAGAUGGUGUUCAUAUGGAAUUCCAUGAGGUCACUACAAGUGAAAGUGAGUCUGACGAUUCUCUUCCGGAAUUGCCUAUGGGGGAUCUUCCAUCUCUUGAACCAGAUAGUCCACCAAGACCUUUCACUCUUUGUCCAGAAACAGGAAAGAUCUUGGGACGUGCGGAAGGGGAACCCACUCCUCCACCCAGCCCAGAGACGAAAUCAUCAGGCCAAUCUGAACCUUUGCCUGGUGAUUCAGGGCCCCCACAAGAGCAAGAACCAGAAGAAAUCUUACCUGACCCUAGACCUUCCUCUCCUCUCAAUAAAGAAACUCUGUUGAAAGUUGAAAUGAGCCCAGGUGGAACAACCGGAACAGUAGUGGAGGGUAAUGAGAAUGAAAAUAGUAACUAUGCGGAUCCCCUGAGGACAGAGCAGGGAUUGACAGUGACAAAAAUUGCUGACUCUGCAGCAAAAAAUUCACAGCAGGGAGUGAAUACAACUCAGGUAGUGACACAGACAGGGAAGGGUGGAUCUGGUAUUUCAGUGCCUGCGAGAAAACUUUAUGUUGAUGGUGCUUCAGGUAAAAUGAGUGGGGAUAUAGUGACUGUGACUGGUGAAGAUGGUGUUGUGUAUCAAAUAUCAACAGAUGGUCAGCAGGUUUCAGAUGAGUCAGGACAACAGUGUGUUUAUGUUUCGACUGAAGGGGGUGAGGGAAGUGAAGAAGGUGCAGUGCUUACACUUGAUACAGCAGUAGCCGAAGCUGUGGCACAGCUGAUGCCAGAGCAAGUGAACGUUAUCGGUGGUGCUGGUUGUUCCCAGUUCUUCAUAAAGGGUGAAGAUGGGACUGUGGUAAAUCAGGAGGGACAGGAACGCCAGCAAGAGCAGAGUCAAGAGGAACAGCAGCUGGUGAUGACCUCAAUGGUGGACCAGCAGGCAGCCGAUGAAUCACAAGCACAAGUAGUGGCACAUGUUGUCCAAGAAGGAGAGCUUGACCCAGUCACAGGAAAGAGGAGGGUGGUUCUUCUGCUACCAGAUGGUAAUUUAAUGAUGACGGACGUUGAUGAAGAGCAGUAUGCUGCACUGAAUCUUGAAGAAAAGUGAUUUAAAAACUUAAAAUUGAGGUACAAGUUAAAGCACUAUCAAGUGAUAGAAACGAAAGUGGGGGCAUAUGUGAUAAUACUAUAUCCUGUAAUUUAUUUUAGCAGAUGACACAGUAUUUAUGUGUAAAACUUUCAUAUUGGAAAGUUGUUGUGCUUUUUCAUUUGAAGCAGGCUCCAGGAAGAAAAUGUUAGAUCUAAUAUCUUUAAUUUGUAACCAAGGAUUUUUUUCCUUUUAUUUAGCCAAACCGACAGUUUGACAGAUCAGUUCAACUCAACAAUUUAACUAAAUAGUGUGUAUAUGUGUACAUAAAAAUUAUAUUUUUAUAUAAGGUUUAAAACUAUGCAAAUAUGUUGUACAAUUAAUUAUUUUUAUGUAAUUUGUCGAGUGUAGCAGCACUUGUUUUAAUAUUCCCUUCCAAUAGUUGAGGGACAGCCCACAAAAGUAAAAUAGAUUACUGGAAUGUGGUGUGUGAAGUCACAUACUUGCCUUCAGUUUCUUGGUGUUUCUUCUCUUUUUAAGUUUUGUAAAAAGUGUAUUGGCUGCCAUAAAUGUGAUGGCUUCUUGCAGUGUAAUUACAACAUAUGUAAAUUUGAAAUCUUGUUACAAUUGCUGUAAGUUUGUACAAAAGACCAUUUUGUAGCAUAAAUGUAGUUGUUUCAGAGAUGUUUAUGUAUAAUGUCCCCAGAUUUCUUCAGAAACCUUUUAAUUUGAUUUGUACAAAGUAGAAAUACUCACCUCACAUGAUCAUUGUUCACAUAUUUCACGCUCAUUACACUCACAAAUAAGAGACAUUUUACAUUUAUUGAUCUCUUUUACAAUAUAGUUCUGUCAUUCUAAAAAUUAGUACCUAUUCCUUAUGUUAUAACACUUGAUUUGUGUUAUAUGCAAGAUAUCCUGUAUAUUAUUGAUUGCAAUACAUUAUGAGUGGCAUGUUUGUAAUAUACUUGUUUGUUACAUAAUGAAAUUGUAUAGUAUUUCAUACAGAGUGAUAUUGUGCACGAAAUAAAAUCUAUUUGUAAAUAUUAAAGUUAUUUUUAAAACAAAGAUAUGAUUCAAAUUAAUUUAUGUGAGUAGAUUAUUUGAUUACCAAGCUUCACUCUUAAGUGUAUCUUAAAGAAAAUAGCAAUAAAUAUGUACUGAAUUUCUCUGUUUGCCUAAUGACAUUGACUGUUGGGUCGUAGUGAGGUUCAGAUAUUUAUGUUUUGUAUGAUAUGUAUGUUGAACACAUUCUGCAAUGUGUUGUUGCCCAGAUACCCAUCAUAUUUGCAGUAAUUGCUGCCUAAUAGUAUUAGUAAAGAAAAGUGAAACUAAAAUUAAAAUUGAAGUGUUAAAUAUAUGGAGUGUCCGUGUUUUGUCAAGACUCUGCCCAUGAAAAUUAGUUAUUGGAGCAUUUCAAUCUUUUCGUUCAACCCUCAUAAUGAAUACAUAAUUGAAUUAAUUUAAUUUUGUUUAAAAAAAUCACUUUACUAUUCUUCAUUUAAAAAUGCUGUAUAUUGCUUUUAGAUUGCAUUGCAGUCUGUAAAGAUCAAUGUAUUUCAUGCACAGGGAUAUGGAGUUGUAAUAUGAGGGGUGGUCGAAAAGUUUCUAGCCCGAGAUAGUUACCACAAUGUCUCACACAAACUCCACCACCUACUUUUAUGGUGACCCUUUGUGGGCACGCAAGUCAAAUUUCACAGCUCCAGCUUCGUUAGUUUUGCAACUAGGAUGCAUUGUAUACCGUAGUGGAAACAAAAUGGUGAAUAUCGAGAGAAUCAAGAACAGUGCUGUGAUUAAAUAUUUUCAUUUGAAAGGAAUGGCACCCAAGGAAAUUGCGGAGAACAUGCGGAAUACACUUGAGGACAGUGCUCUGUCUUAUGCAACAGUGAAAAACUGGUUGUCCAACUUCAAACAUGGAAGAAUGAGUGUGGAAGAUGUGCUAAGGAGCAGAAGACCUGUCACCGUUGCCACUGAUGAAAUAUUGACUGCAAUUCACAAUAACGAAUUUGCAGGAUACCCGAACAACGUUGUAGAACAUUGAAACUACAUUUUGAAUCUCCCACGGGUGUGCUCAUGACAUUGUUGUGGAUUUUUGGGACUGUGUAAAGUUUCAUCCUGGUGGGUUCCAAAAGACUUGAAUGCAUAUCAAAGACAAGAAUGUGUGUAGUGUUGUGAAGAAAUCGUCUGCCAAUUUGAAGCAGAGGAUGUUUUUCUUGCAAGGUACGUGACUAUGGACAAAAUGUGGGUUCAUCACUUUGAUCCUGAGACAAAAUAACAGUCACAAUAAUAGAAACAUCCUUCAUCCCCCACCCCAAAAAAAUUCCGGGUGCAAAAACCAGCCGGUAAGGUGAUGGCAUUGGUCUUCUGGGAUGCAGAAGGAUUCAUUAUGGUGGAUUACUUGCAAAAGGGAGUACCUGUCAAUGCAUCACACUAUAGCAACCAUCUUCCUUUGCUGCUUGAAAGAAGAGAUAUGAAAAAGGUGUGGAAAAUGGGCGUGCGAAGUUCUUUUGUAUCAGGACAAUGCACCCGGCGCGCAAAGCCCUUGCAACACUGGAAACUCUGCGUGACUGCAUGUUCGAAUUAUGUCAUCCACCAUAUUAUCCAGAUUUGGCUCCAUUAGAUUUUUUCUUUUUCCAAACCUAAUAAAAGACCUCAAAGGACUAGAAUUUGACAAUGAUAAUGCAUUAAUUGAUGCUGUGAAUGCAUGGUUGGACUUGGAAUCAAAGACCUUUUAUUUGAAUGGUUUGCAGAAGUUAUCCGAGCAUGC